UGAGAGGCGCGCGCUGGACAGAGGGACCGUCCUCGCGCUGGAAUUUUAAUAUCACAUUCCUAGCAUCUCUGCCAGGAUUAUAACUCCGUUGUUGCUCAGUUUUGCAUUUUGCCUUAACGCCGAACAGCACAGUGGCACUGCGGAAUUUUUUUUUUUUCGCUCUCUGGUGCAAGUGAGAACUAUUAGACGCUGAGUGGACUGGAGAAAUCUUGUGCGCGCGGACACGGCACACGGAGAGGACAGAUCAUUUGCGGCUUAUAUCCGUAGCACAAGAAGUUCUGAUAUUUCAGUUUCUAUUCCGUAUGGUGGGAUAUCAUCUGGAGCGGAGAGUUCGCAUCUGGGAAGGCUGGAUUUAAAACCUUAUUAAUUGAUUGCGCAAUGGAUUGAAUAUCUGGCUUCGCUGCCUUUAAUGAAAAGACCCGGCGAUGUCAAGUCAUGGCAAACACGGAGUAGUCUCAGCAAGUAAUUUCUGGCAUGUUUAUUUCAAGCUUAAUGUUGAAUGAAUUUGUUAAGACUUUCUGUCAGUGCUGUGUAUAUUUUUGAGGGACAAAUCAAUGAAAAGCGAGAAUAGCAAGAUCCCAGUCUGAGAGGGGGGAAAGAUAACAGAUAUGCGCUAUUCUGUCUGAGUUUGGUAACCACAGAGGGGUAUCCGGUUGUGAAAACACAUGCAGUGAGAAACAGGCGCUUUAACACGAGCGAGAAGAAGGUGAAAAAGCUGUUAAACAAAAUUAACAUUCAGUUUGGCCGGAAAACCCGCGACGAGCAAUGAGGACUACAGGCAUUGUGGACUAUUUAAGCUACUGCUUUCUUAUUCUGCAGCUGCUGAGUCAGCCCGCAGCCAAGCAAGUGCUCCGGUACCGCCUGGCUGAGGAGGGUCCUGCCGAUGUCCGUGUGGGCAAUGUAGCCGCGGACCUUGGCAUCACGGCUGGCAUGGAUGUGACUUUUACCUUAGAAUCCGGCUCCGAGUACUUCAAAAUCGAUAACAUGACCGGAGACCUGAGCACGAACGAGCGGCGGAUAGACCGCGAAAAGCUGCCGCAGUGUCAAAUGAUUUUUGAUGAGAACGAAUGUUUUAUAGAUUUCGAAGUGUCCGUGAUAGGACCCGCGCAGAGCUGGGUUGAUCUCUUUGAGGGCAAAGUGAUUAUUUUAGACAUAAACGACAACACGCCGUCUUUUCCCUCACCUGUUCUUACGCUCUCCGUUGAGGAGAACAGACCCAUUGGCACACUUUAUCUCCUGCCCACGGCCACCGACAGAGAUUUCGGUCGGAAUGGAAUUGAGCGAUACGAGUUAAUUCAGGACAACGGCGAGAGCUCUGUCAGACGGAUCGGCACUUCCGGCUCCGGCAGUGUUGACACUCACAUGGGCAAGCGGAGGUUCGACGAGGGGGCGAGCCGUAGCAGCGUCUUUGAACUUCAAGUUGCUGACACCACAGACGGCGAGAAGCAGCCGCAGCUAAUUAUCAAAGGGGCACUGGACAGAGAGCAGCGCGACUCCUAUGAGCUGACUCUGCGUGUUAGAGAUGGGGGCGACCCCCCACGCUCCUCUCAAGCCAUCCUUAGGGUAAUGAUCACUGAUGUAAAUGAUAACACCCCACGCUUUGAAAAGAGCGUCUAUGAGGCAGACCUGCCAGAAAACAGCUCCCCAGGUGCCCCCAUACUCCAGCUAAAAGCGGGCGACACCGAUGUAGGUGUGAAUGGACAGAUUGAAUAUGUUUUCGGAGCAGCCACAGAGUCGGUGCGACGACUGCUGCGGCUCGACGAGAGCACUGGCUGGCUCAGUGUUUUGCACAGGAUUGACCGUGAAGACGUGAGCCAGCUUCGCUUCACAGUUAUGGCACGUGAUCGUGGCCAGCCUCCUAAGACUGACAAGGCGACAGUGAUCAUCAACAUCAAAGAUGAAAAUGACAACGUCCCCAAUAUCGACAUCCGGAAAAUCGGACGCAUUUUUCUCAAAGACGGUGUGGCUAAUGUGGCAGAGGAUGUGAUUGUUGAUACACCCAUCGCUCUGGUCCAAGUGUCAGACCGAGAUAAAGGGCCGAACGGUAUAGUGACGUGCACCGUAGUGGGAGAUGUUCCGUUUCAGCUCAAACCUGCUAGUGAGGUUGAGGGCGAAAUGAAUAAAAAGAAGUACUUUCUCCAUACGUCAGCACCACUUGAUUAUGAAGCAGUGCAGGAGUAUAACGUGGUCAUUGUUGCUGUUGACUCGGGGAGCCCUAGCCUCUCUAGCAACAAUUCACUGAUAGUCAAAGUGGGGGACAUGAAUGACAAUCCACCAGUUUUUACUAAAAGUACAGUGGAAGUUUCGUUUCCUGAAAACAAUGCUCCCGGCGAGCGUGUCGUCACAGUAGUGGCCUUAGAUGCAGACAGCGGCAAAAAUGCAGAAAUCUCCUACUCCCUGGACUCCUCUGUGAAUGGAAUAUUUUCCAUUGAUGCAGACACUGGUGACAUCCGUGUCAACACCAUACUUGACAGGGAGCAGACGGAACGAUAUGAGUUUAAAGUUAUCGCCAAAGACAAAGGCAUGCCUGUUCUGCAGGGCUCAGCCACUGUGGUAGUCCUGGUGGCGGAUAAAAAUGACAACGAGCCAAAGUUCAUGCAGGAUGUGUUCACUUUCUAUAUACAGGAAAACCUGCAACCCAACAGCCCUGUCGGCAUGAUAACGGUAAUGGAUGCCGACAAAGGACAAAAUGCGGACAUGAGUCUAUACAUUGAGCAACAGGAAGACAUUUUCUCCAUUGACAACAACACAGGUACCAUCUUCUCAAACAUGGCUUUUGACCGUGAGCAAAAAAACACGUAUUCAUUCCGUGUCAAAGCUGUUGAUGGAGGCGAUCCGCCCCGGUCAGCUACAGCCACGGUGUCCCUCUCUGUAAUGGAUGUAAAUGAUAAUCCCCCCACUGUCACUUUUCCAAUGAAUAGCUCAUACACGCUGCUUCCUCCUUCUAGCAACAUAAGGACAGUGGUCAGGACUGUCUCGGCUGCUGAUACCGACACAGGUAUUAAUGCUAACCUCAGCUACAGAAUAGUGGGUGGCAAUCCGUUUAAGUUGUUUGAAAUUGAUGCAUGGACUGGAGUGAUCUUGUUAGUUGGCAAACUAGAGCAAAAACAUUUUGGCCUUCAUCGACUGGUUGUGCAAGUGAAUGACAGCGGGGUUCCGUCGCAAAGCACCACCACAUUGGUCCACAUCUACGUCAAUGAAACGCUUUCCAACUCCACUAUUGUAGAGGCGCAAGUAGCCAAAAGUCUUGGUACGCCGCUCAAUGCUGACAUUGCAGGAGACCCCAACUAUGACUUGGGAAAGCAAAGACUGAGCAUCGCCAUAGGAGUUGUGUCAGGCAUCAUGACGGUGAUUCUUAUCAUCCUGGUGGUCGUCAUGGCCCGCUACUGCCGUCCCAAGAACAAGAAUGGCUAUGAGGCUGGAAAGAAAGACCAUGAGGACUUCUUCACUCCUCAGCAACAUGAUAAAGGCAAGAAACCCAAGAAAGACAAGAAUAAGAAAAAGUCUAAACAGCCUUUAUAUAGCAGCAUCGUCACCGUCGAGGCAUCCAAGCCAAAUGGACAGCGCUACGAUGGCGUUAACGAGAAACUGUCGGACAGUCCGGGAAUGGGCCGCUAUCGGUCCGUCAACGGUGGCCCUGGAAGCCCAGAUCUUGCCCGCCAUUACAAAUCCAGCUCACCCCUGCCCACCGUUCAGCUGCACCCUCAGUCUCCAACGGCAGGAAAAAAGCACCAGGCUGUUCAGGACCUGCCGCCGGCCAACACAUUUGUCGGCACUGGAGAUAACAUAUCCAUCGGAUCAGACCACUGUUCUGAGUACAGUAGCCAAACCAUCAACAAGUACAACAAACAGCCGUUCCGCCGAGUGACCUUCUCGGUGGUGAGCCAGCCACAGGACCCGCACCAGGGCUCGCUGCAGAGCUGCUACGACAGUGGCCUGGAGGAGUCGGAGACGCCCAGCAGCAAGAGCUCGUCCGGCCCCAGACUAGGUGCCCUCCCUCUACCCGAAGACGCCUAUGAGAGGACUACGCCCGAUGGCAGUGUCGGUGAGGCAGAGCAUAUGGAAAAUGACUCUCGGCCCCUGCCUGACGUAGCUAUGACGGGUAAAUGCACGCGGGAGUGUGACGAAUAUGGCCACUCGGAUUCCUGCUGGAUGCCUGUGCGCACCUCGCCUGAACGUAGGCCCAAGGCCACCCCUCCCAAACUCUCCACCUUCAUGACCUCCCCCGGGGGCAACGUUGCCGAACAGCCUGGCAGCCAGGAGACUCUAGCUGUUGCCAACGGGGACCCCUCGCACCUGCUGGGCGACCGCAACCGUAAUCUCCUUAGCAAAAAGAUGGCCUCCUCCUCCUCAUCCUACGACGCCUUUAGUUCAGCUGGAUUUUCCGCCAGCGAGGAAACAUCUCGCCCCACCGAGGAGAUUCCGCUAGCGCCCACGGGUGAAUACAAGCCGACGCAAUGCGGAACUCUCACCAGGCGGGAAGUUUACCUGUAAUCGACACACGGCGACUGCGAAGGGACGAUGACAGUGACUCAGCAUGGUCAGAGAUGCUGUUAGCAAACCAAACCCUAAAACAAAAGCAACAUGGAUUUUCCUCGAACUGCUCGCACAACUAGUGCAGCGCUACUUUCGAACUUAAAUAGCCGUCUGAGUUAAAACUGUGGAAUUACAUGUUGUAAAUGUGCGUGAGAAGGAUGAGACGGAGGAGGGGGAAGAGGCGGAGGUGGAGAGAAGGGAAUGUUGGUGGAUCAGUGCUACUUUGCUGCUAGCGUAUCGGGCCCUGUAGACUUCCCCAAAGUGCUGCCUGGUUUCUGUAGACCUCUUUCUAAACAUGCAUGCAUCAUCUAGCCCCUUAAGAGUGUGUGCCCCUUGAGACAGACCUGGACUAUACCUUUUUGUCUUUGUUUUUAUAACUAAUCGUGAACCGAUGAGACUGGUUCUGUCUUUUAAUCCGUUUUUAUUUUUGGGGGUGGGCGGGAGUGUUUUUAUGUGGAUGUAUUAUGUCCAUAUGCAAUCAGUCGAAGUACUGAACUGUCCGGACAACGAAUCACAUUAACAAAGAAGAAAAAAAGACAGGCUAAUGAUGGACGAAAAUCAUCAUACGAUGAUCGGUGAUGGCAUAACUACAUGAUGUCGGAGCGCAUUGUCAUUGACUUUAGCCUUUUACAAAGAUUUGUAGAUACUCAAAUGGCGCAAGUGAACGGCGUACGCGCUGAUGAACUUACAGUGCGAGAAGCAAGUUUACCUGUGUGCCUAUCAACUUUAUGUACAUGUGAAGGAACACAAGCAUACACAGAUCCACUAAUGCACGUUUUUUGUCGUGUGGGUGAAGUAUUGUACAUAUAUAUAUAUAUAUAUAAUCUGUGAACAUACUCUGGACACACACAUUGAAAUCACGAGCGACCCGUUUUCAACCCGCUCACAUGCACCUCUAGAAGUAGAGGAAGGUUCUUUACAUUGCAGAGCUUGUCAGUUAUUUGCCUGAACGCCAUGGGUUUGUGUAAUUGUGGUUCAUCCCUCUCUAGAUGUGUGAAACUAUGCUGAAGUUUUUGUGGUCUCAAGAUGGCCUCCUGGCACACAAACACUUGCAAACACACACACACACACACACACACACAAUUGAUCCGCACAUUGUACAUACACAUUAUAAUUAUCCCAUAAAGCCACAGGAACACUAUUUGGAUAUGCUGCUGGGGUGAAUUAGUUUAAUAAUAUUGCCCUGCUGAAGAGCUUGGGCUGGCCCUGUGUAACAUUCCUAGUAUGAAUGUUAAAUAGAGCAAUAAACUCAUUCAACAGAUUCACUCUCAAUCUCACACACUUCAGAAGAGUAAUCAAGGAUGAGAACUCGUGUCCCUCGUGUAGCAGUCAGAGUGAACCGACUACUUGUACAAUCACAUUCAAAGUUCGGCUACUACAGGCACGAUAGGAGCGAUUGCAAUGCGACACAUGAUGCCGCUGUAUAACCAAAGUAUCGGGAACAACAUGACGUGAUGUCUCAAAGAACUGGGACAGGAAAGCUCCUUUUUAGGUCACAUGUUGCUUUAAUUACCUUCACAUAUGUUUCAGUGCAACGUGGGGAAACCACGUGCGCACUUAUACAUCAUGGGCCUAUCCCAAACCAUUUGCAAGAGGAGGAGUAUACUUAGGAGGCAUCGUGCUUUUAAAAAAGGAGGUAAAUUAUUCAGAUGCAAUUGAUUUUUUUGUUUGUUUUGUUUUGUAUGUUAAUGGUUCCUUGAGUUUGAACGGACUGCCUUUUUUGCAGCUUCCAGAUCUGUAGUCUGUAUGUACUACUCGUGUUUAAAAGAAGUGCUCUGAUGCUUACAAACUGUAUACAUAGAUAUGUACUUUUUAUUGCACGUUUAAAGGGAAUCUACACUUACUAUGAAGAAGAAAAAAAAAGUGUACAAUUAUCAUACCCUGUGAACAUGGAAGUCCACUGCUUGCGUUUGUUACGAACAGACACUAGACAUUGUAGUAUGACUAUGUAUAUUGAUUUGACGAGGAUGAAAAAGAAUCAUACACAUUCAUGAUGCACCGAUUUAUUUAGCGUCAUAUCAUCCGUUGCUUAUUUAUCUGAUUUAUUUAUAAUUUUGUUUUAUAGCAAAUGUACUUUUAUCCAUUGGUUCUGUAAUGUUUAUAUUCUUUUCACAGAAAAGUACCUUUCAUUAUGUAGAAAAUUAGUUGUGAAACUUGAUUCCAAAACAAUUCAAAGGAGUCUCACGUACCUCACAACUCUCCGUUCUAUUUGUUUUUCAAAUAUACGUUCAUAAUGAUGCCCUCUUCAGAUCUCAUCAGUCAUAUCUUUCCCUUUCCUUCCCAGUGCCACUUUGUAUAUGUAGUGCUUCUGUAAAAAAAAAAAAAAAAAAAAGAA